ACUCUCCAACGCUUCUUAAAUAUACUAUAUACUAGUAAUAGCUAGGUAGUUGAACCGAUUUGCGGUUUGCAGAGCAGAGCAAAGGCCAGUUUUCAGUUGACUACCAAAAGCCUGAAAAUGGAGAGAAGUCAAGAACUUGCUCUGUCCCAGAUGAGGAAAUCAAUUGAAAAGCUUGGUACUUCCACUGAGAAGUAUGGAGACCCCACAUUGAUGAGGUUCUUGAUUGCAAGAUCAAUGGAUGCAGAUAAAGCUGCAAAGAUGCUUGUGCAGUGGCGGAAAUGGAGGACUACAUUUGUCCCAUUAGGAUUUAUUCCGGAUUCUGAAGUUCAGGAUGAACUUGGAGCUGAGAAGCUGUACUUACAGGGCUUGUCCAGAAAAGGGUUCCCAGUGCUGCUUAUCAAAGUCAACAAGCAUUUUCCAGCCAAGGAUCAGCAUCAAUUCAAGAAAUUUGUGGUUCAUCUACUGGACAAGACCAUUGCAAGUUCCUUCAGAGACAGAGAAAUUGGAAAUGAGAAGUUGGCCGUUGUUCUUGAUCUAAAGGAUAUUUCAUACAAAAACGUAGAUACCCGCGGUCUAAUAACCGGUUUCCAAUUCCUACAGGCUUACUACCCUGAACGCUUAGCCAAGCUUUACAUUUUAAAUAUGCCCCGGUUCUUUGUGAGUGUCUGGAAGAUGGUUUCUUACUUCCUUGAGAAGGCUACUCUUCAAAAGAUAACAAUUGUAACCAAUGAAGAGGAAAGGAGGGAGGUCAUCAGGGACAUCGGGGAAGAAGCCUUGCCAGAAGAGUAUGGUGGACGAGCAAAGCCUGUUCUCAUGCAAGAUGUUGUAUUGACUCCAUUGAACCAUUAGAUAGUCGAGCAUAGUGAAACUGAUUGUGGAAAUGAGGCACAUUAUUGAAAUAUUAACAAACAAAUUAAUUAAUAAUUUCUACCUUAUUUGAAUCUCUUUCUGGACUCAAAAUAACGAGCCCUAUGACUCAAAAGACA